AUGCAUCUCUCACUUUCCACAUCCCUAUUUUCGGUAUUAACCUCACUGGCCCUCGCCGCACCGGAUGCCAGCGCAGCAGCACUGGAGCAUGCUGCCGUGAGCGCCGGACGCAGGGCCUUUGCCAACUCCCCGACCAAGGGGUAUGCGCCUGGCACCGUUGACUGCCCUUCGACGCGCCCGUCCAUCCGCAACGCCGCGACGGUGUCGUCGCAGGAGUCGGACUGGCUCAAGAUCCGGAGGCAAAAUACCCUGUCGCCACUGGCUGAGUUUCUGAGCGCAUCCAAUAUUGCAGGGUUCGACGCCCAGUCGUACAUCGACUCUCACAAAAGCAACCUGACCAACAUUCCAAAUGUCGGCAUCGCUGUGUCCGGGGGUGGGUACCGUGCUCUGAUGAAUGGGGCCGGCUUUGUCGCAGCUGCCGACAGUCGGGUUCCCGGGUCGUCGGAUGCUCACGGUAUCGGAGGCUUGCUGCAGUCAAGCACCUACCUGGCCGGACUCUCGGGUGGCGGGUGGCUUGUGGGUUCGAUAUACGCCAAUAACUUCUCGACCGUGGUGCAGCUCCGGGAUGGCAGCCCGAGCUCCUCGCUUUGGGCGUUCGACAGGUCCAUCUUCCAGGGACCCGAGGAGAGCGGCAUUUCCAUCCUGAACACGGCAGACUACUGGAACACCAUCGCCGAUGACGUUGAGCGCAAGGGCAGCAUGGGUUUCGAUACCUCGAUCACUGACUACUGGGGCCGGGCUCUGUCAUACCAGCUGAUAAAUGCGACGGACGGUGGCCCAGCCUUCACAUUCUCGUCCAUAGCCCAGACCCAGGACUUCAAGGACGCAAAUCAGCCCAUGCCUAUUCUCGUGGCUGAUGGACGCCAGCCUGAUACCACCAUCGUCUCGUUGAAUGCGACUGUCUACGAAUUCAACCCCUGGGAGAUGGGUUCCUUUGACCCGACUGUAUUCGGCUUCGCACCGCUGGAGUAUCUGGGCUCCAACUUCUCCAAGGGCAGCCUCCCGGACAACGCGCAGUGCUACAGGGGCUUCGAUCAGUACGGUUUCGUCAUGGGCACGAGCAGCUCGCUGUUCAACCAGUUCAUCCUGCAGAACCUGUCAUCAUCUGGCAUUCCGGAAUUCCUGCAGACCGUGAUCCAGGAUGUCCUGAAGGAUCUCGGCAGUGCCAAUGACGAUAUCGCGGACUACUCGCCUAACCCCUUCUUCGGGUACAAUGCCGACACCAACUACAACGCUGCGGAGACGAGGCUCACGUUGGUGGAUGGCGGAGAGGAUCUGCAGAACAUCCCUCUGCACCCCCUCAUCCAGCCUGAGCGUGCAGUAGAUGUCAUCUUCUCUGUCGACUCCUCCGCGGACACGACAUACAACUGGCCCAACGGCACGGCCCUGCGGGCUACCUGGGAGCGCAGCUUGGAGAAGAUCUCGAACGGGACCCAGUUCCCGGCCGUGCCGGACGCCGAGACGUUCAUCAACCUCGGGCUGAACAGGAAGCCGACCUUUUUCGGGUGCGAUGUGAACAACUUCACCUCGGGAUCCCACAUCCCGCCCCUGAUCGUCUACGUCCCCAACACCCCCUACACGGCCAUGAGCAACGUGUCCACGUUCGACCCGAGCUACACGGACAGCGAGCGCAACAACAUCAUCCAGAACGGCUUCAACGCCGGCACCAUGGGCAACGGGACGCUGUCCGGGAACGAGAACUGGAGGACCUGCGCCGCCUGCGCCGUGAUCCAGCGCAGCCUGAUCAAGACGGGCACCGACAUCCCCUCGGCCUGCCAGGACUGCUUCAAGCAGUACUGCUGGAACGGCACCGUCGACAGCAGGGCCGUGUCGUCUUUCGAACCGCAGCCGUUCCUGGCGCUUGCCGCUACCGCCGACAGUGGUGCGAUGCCGACCGGGGCCCGGCCGGAUCUUCUCUUGUCGUGCCUGCUGGCCGUGGCAUUCUUGGUGCUUGCGAUGUAA